CAAAAGAUAAAUAAAAUACCUAACUAGAAGAGAUUUUAUGUAAUAAUAACUAUAUAACUUUGUUGUGACUGUGAACCUUAAUUUUAACCCUUUAAAUAUAGCAUAUUCCAUUGCUUAGCUAUCAUCCCAGAGUCUUAACAGCAGGCUGUGUUCCCACUAAUGAGUACUUGAUCUUGGGUCAUCUUAGACCCUUGCUCAGUUAGCAGCACCUUCCUCAGGCUGCUGUCAUAGACAUUCAAACCUCCUGGAGGUGUUGUGCUGUAAUUGAAGGAGUUAUUCAAGCAUGUGUAUGAUUACAUGCAAUUUAUGUUAAUUUAAUAAAAUAAAACCUCAACAGCUCAACAGUUUUUAUUGAAAAAACAGUUGUUGAAUAUUACUUCCUUAACAUUUAAUUCCUCCCCCCUUUAAAACUUAGCAAUAGUGCUUUGUACUGUUUUGGGAAACAUUGACUUACAUUUGAUAGUAGCCAUGCAUUUUAGGCCCUUUGUCAAUAUUUAUUCAUUACAGAAGAACUUUAGAAGUCUGAAAAGCAUGCCAUAUUACAGUAAGAAUAACAAGCAAUUUCAGUAUUUAUUCAGAAGAAGUUGUUGAGUUCAGGGAAAGUGUCGUAGGCUUUAUGACUCUGUUGUAGCUGUGGCUGGACUGCAGAGAAAGCAGAUGGAGGAGAGGAGACUGAAAAGUAGACACCAUAGCACUAUGGUGAGUUUUCAGUGAGCGCGACCGUGAGGGUAGGACAGGACUUGGGCUAUAAGUGGACUCUUCUGUCCCUUGACAGUUUCUUUUGUGAGAGCUGAUUAAGAAAAUAAUGAGGUAUUCAUUUCUUGGUUGUUUUUUAUAAACUUUGUUAGGAUUUCAGUAGUGGUUGAUUUGCUUUCAAGUGUCUAGACUAGGCAGGUCUUACUUUAACUUUGUUCUGUCAAGCUCUAAAAGUCCCUUCCUGCAGAAUCUUGGGCAUUUUUGGUUUGGUGUAGAGAAUCUUGGUAAGUUUCAUUCUGUCCUCAGAGUAGUCAUAAGACAACAGAAGGCUUAAGAAUUUCAUUCUGAUCUUUGCUUCUUUCUGUGCAAGUCAUUGUAGAAGGAAGGAAGGGUCAAGUAUAUUUCAGGGCUGCUACUUGUGAGACACAAGAAAGAAUAAAACCUUUCCUUACAUGAACAAGGGAAGUAGCUAUUCUGGUGGAUUUUUGAUUUUGGUUGAAUUAUCUUUUCUAAUGAGAAUUUUAUUUAGAGUUUUAGAUAAAGAUUGUUUAAUAAUUAUUGAAGGGCUGAUAAAAUGGUUCAGCAGGUAAGGUUGCUUGCUAUCAGGCCUGAUGACCUAAAACUCCACGUGAUGGAAGGAGAAAGGUAAACUCCUGAAAACGGUUCUCUGGCUUUCAUACAUUUAUGCACACACACACACACACACACACACACACACACACACACACACAAAAUGUUUAAAAAACUGUAAAGUUAAAUGACCUUCAAAUUUAACAGUUUCAUAACUUUGUAGUUAUAAACUAGUCUAUCUUUUUGUUAAAUGUGACUACAUCAUAUUUUUAGUCUGGAUUUUUUUGUAUUUAUUUUUUUUAUUUUUAUUUAUUUAUUUAUUUGUGAUUUUUUUUUUUUCGAGACAGGGUUUCUCCGUAGCUUUUGGUUCCUGUCCUGGAACUAUGUGUAUUUAUUUUUAUGUGUGUGGAUACAUAUAUGUGUGCAUGUGUAUAUAGGCCAGGUUUGACAUCUAGUGCCUUCCUCCAUCACUCUCCUCCUAAUACACUGAGGCAGAAUUUCUCACUAGAACCUAGAGCUCACCAGUUCUACUAGUCUAGCCAGCUUACCCUGAGUGUGCCCUGUCUUUGCCUCCCAAGCCCUGGAGUUACAGGUGAGCUGCCACACUGACGCGACAUGUAUAUGCUGGAGAUCUGAACUCAGGUCCUUUCAUUUGCAUGACAGCAUGUUAUCUGCUGAGCUGUUUCCCCAGCCCCAGUAUUUGGAUUUUCUUAUGGGCCUACAAUUGUUAAUUUAUUAAUUUUUUUUCUUGGUAAGGUCUUUUUGUUGUGGCAAUGUGUGUAUUUAAAUGUUAACUUAUAUAGGAAGUUAGCUUUCUUAAAUUUCUUCAGAACUAUUUGGCAAUUGAAAGGACACAUUCCUAUUUUUGUUUGUGUUGUUUCUUGUCUUAAGGUGACAGGCUGGUAGGAAUAUUGGAGGGUUUCUACAAUAGAUGUCUCUGUAGGCAGUUUACACUGCUUGAUUUAUAGAAGGUGUGGGGUACCUGGUAGUCUAUUAAAUAUUUAUUGUGCAAAUAAUUCCCUAAUUUAUAUAGCUUAAACCCUUUCUGUUACUUGAGUUUAGGGUCAUAUAGCAAAUUUUGUUAUAGAAAUAAAUCAACUACCAAAUUAAAUGCAUCUGUGCCAUGUAGAUAAUAGUUACUGAGAAGUGACUUAUAUUAGUUUAAUCACAGAAUCUCCGUCAUUUUGAUUGCACUUACUAAGUCACUUCUAAACUGAUCUAAAAUAUGCUUGUGUAUACUUACAAUUGCAUGGCUUUCUGACUUGGGUUCUUGUUGUAAACAUGCAUAUUUUGUUCAUGUGUCUUGAGAGAACAAGCAUUGUGACAUGUCUGGCUAAUUUAAAAUAGUGAAGCACAGUUUGAGUCCAGUUUUUGAGGUAUGGAGUUUUAGCUAUCGUGGCUGGGUUUUACUCAAUCUCAAAUAAUAGGGCUCUGGUUAUUUUGCAGAGUGUCUCUGAAGAAUGGACAGAAUUGCCCUGGCUAACUACAAGCUACGGUUCACAGUGGAUAAAUAGAUGCCCGCGUGGUAAAAGACAUGGCUACGGGGAAGUCCAAGGGAUAUGGCUUUGUCUCCUUUUUCAACAAAUGGGAUGCAGAAAAUGCCAUUCAGCAGAUGGGUGGCCAGUGGCUUGGUGGAAGACAAAUCAGAACUAACUGGGCAACCCGAAAGCCUCCAGCUCCAAAGAGUACAUAUGAGUCGAACACCAAACAGCUGUCGUAUGAUGAGGUUGUAAGUCAGUCUAGCCCCAGCAACUGCACUGUGUACUGUGGAGGAGUGACGUCAGGACUGACAGAACAACUAAUGCGUCAGACUUUUUCUCCAUUUGGACAAAUAAUGGAAAUUCGAGUCUUCCCAGAUAAAGGAUAUUCAUUUGUUCGGUUCAAUUCCCAUGAAAGUGCAGCACAUGCGAUUGUUUCUGUUAAUGGUACUACCAUUGAAGGGCAUGUGGUGAAAUGCUAUUGGGGCAAAGAGACUCUUGAUAUGAUAAAUCCCGUGCAACAGCAGCAAAAUCAAAUUGGAUAUCCACCAGCAUAUGGCCAGUGGGGCCAGUGGUAUGGAAAUGCACAACAGAUUGGCCAGUAUGUGCCUAAUGGCUGGCAAGUACCUGCCUAUGGAAUGUAUGGCCAGCCAUGGAGCCAGCAGGGAUUCAAUCAGACCCAGUCUUCUGCCCCGUGGAUGGGACCCAACUACAGUGUGCCGCCUCCUCAAGGACAGAAUGGCAGCAUGCUUCCUAACCAGCCUGCUGGGUAUCGAGUGGCAGGGUAUGAAACCCAGUGAAAGCAGACCACAGGAUGGAAGCCAGGGGCUUGACGCCACAGGGAGGGUAGGAAAGCUGCUGUUUACUUAAAGAUUUACCAGAUCAGUCCGCACAGAUGCCAGAUAACAAUGUAUUUAUUUAAAGGUUUCAUCUUUUAAUCAUGAAAUUACUUUUCAUCCACAUUGUUUUAAAAAAGGAACAAGAUGGUGGAUGUCUGCCAAUUUUUGCCUUCAUUAUCUUUUUUGAUAAAAUUUCUCAGAUCCUUGUUUCAAAGACAAAUGCAGGGAUUGCUGCCACUUUUUAAAAAUUAAGAGGCAGAAAAUUGCACAAUGUUGAACUUUUUCCACUAAGGUAGUGUGCAGUUUUAGUUUGCAUUCCUGCUAGGAUUUAAAACAUGUAAUAUAGAUGUAAAAAGAAAAGCCGACCUGUGCAAAAUCUAGAAGUUCUUUAGAACUUUCAGCGUAUGCACGGGUCUGUGUUAGUUUUACAGAGUAGGCAUUAUGUGACCUAUAUCAUCUCCACUGUUACCCUUUGGAAUUUUUAAAUGUAAAUUAUUAGUUUAUAUCAUUUUGUAUCUGCAUUUUUCACAAAUUUGUCCUGCCUUAUGAAAAUUCUGUAAAAUAUUCUUAAAUGAAAAAAAAUGAUGUUCACUUAGAUUGAAAACUUUUCUCAGAUGGACUGAAAUGACAUUCAUCUUGUUUUUACAUGAGAAGGUGCCUCAAGGAUCCCCUGUUGGAUUUGUUUAAAGGGAUUUUUAUCUUCUGUGAUAAACUUUGCCAUCUACCAGGAACUAUAAAAACAACAACUUGUGACUAAGGAGACUCUGCAGUGUGCUCAGUCCUCCCCCACAUCAGCCUCAUGUGUCAGCAUCCAUGUUUACAUGUGUUGUUUCCUAAGAUAGUUCCGCAAGUUAGCAAGCUUUGUAUGUCAUUCCCUUCCUAAAGGUGUCAUGAAGAGUUGACGUGAGACGGGUUUUACGUUUGCAUGUGAAUAUCACAUACUUACUUUGAUGGUCUUUGAUAAAAACUCAUCUGUUCUUGUUUUUCAAGAAUUUUGAGACACAAAGUUGUAUGUAAAGGAAUAUAUUAAUUUGAUGUUUUCUAUUUAGAUUUACUUAAAGAAGUAAAUCCACUUUAAUGUGUACAAAUGAUAGCUGUGAAACUGUAGAAUAUUCCUCUGUCAGGCUUGGGAUUCAUUAAGAACUCCAAAAUUAGCCUGAAGGACCAGCCGGGCAAAACAUUUUUUUAAAUAUUCAGAGGCCAAAAUAUGAACAAGCAAACAAACAAACAAAAACCCUUAAAAUCCUACCUCCUUAAACAGCCAUCAAAGAAGAGGCUCCUCACACAGGCUUGACUUGGUUCUUUGGUCCCUGAUCUCUAGGAGCUCCGGCAUUAUUUUUGAGGUUUGCUCUUUGCUGGCAAUGUUCUAGCCUUGGGAUUUCUAGUUCAUUUCAGAGUCUCUUGGUUUGGUUUGGUUUCAGUGAUGACCACAACCUCCUCCUUGACAUCAGAGAGGAAGGAGCCCCUGUGAAUUGUGGGUUUUGAGACCUGCAGAGAGCUCCCCGCAUUUUACUUAGGCCUGUGGAAUUGGAAGCAUUUCCUGGCCUGUAUCUUCCAGGUAGGAGCACUUGACUCUAACCUGUUCUCUAAGCCAGUCCUCUUGGAAAGCAGAGCCCAGGAAGACAGCUCGAAAUGUGUGCUUCCCUGGAGCUCAAUUCUAUGCAGUUGUGCUGAUGUUUCAUUAAGUCACUGUGUAUUUUUAAGUACUAAUACAUUGAAAUUUGCUUUAUGGAAGAUGAAUAAAUUUUUUAAAUACUUGAAAAUUUUAUUUCUUUGUAAACUUCUACAGAUCAGGACAGGCAAUAAAAGCAGCUUAAACAAAAUACUAAAAAUUAUUUUUUAAUUUGAAAAAAAAUAAACCAUACACAUCAGGAAGCUAUUUUGGUAAAUUUUUCUUUUUUUUAGUUUUUUUUUCUUUUCUCCUGCCUUUUGUUUCUAUUUUAGUACCCUCAGUAUUUUUCUCUAUUAAAGAAUUUUACUUCCUUUGCAACUCAUAGACCACAGGAUCAUUUGAGCACAAGUAAUUUAUUUUGUGCAAAAGUAUAGUUUCUCUCUUCUUUUGACUCAGUACUGAGGGCUUUUAUUAGCAGCAUGUUCUUAUUGCACAGAUCUUAAAAUGCACGUUGAUUUGCUGUUGAGAAGGUGGUGGUGACGAGUUCCUGAUGAAAGACUGACAUUUUAGGAACAUAGUUGGCGUUGGUUUAAAUUUCAAUGUUCAAUCAUUUAAAUCAUUUUCAACCUAAAAAACUUCAUCCUGGUAUAAGUAUCAGGUAAGGAAAUUAAGGUUUUUAAACUGAACUUCUUUGCAAUAUGCAUUCAAGUUUUACUCUCUGGUACUGUAUAGAAGCUGAGUGACUCUUUGUGGGUCAUGGAGCCAGUAUUCUUUAUCCUGACUGUUUGGAUAUUAAAAUUCCUUUAUGUUUUCUAUGA